AUGUUCAUCUAUCAGAUUGGAGCUAUUGUUUUUCUUGCUGCCCUUUUCCAUGGCAACUGUGAAGCUAACACUAACGAACUGUCAUAUCCGACGCGAAAAGUCGCUGGUAUAACAGUCAUCAACACGCCAAUCGUUCAAGAUGCUGAAGCAUUUGCGCUGGAGCAUAGUACAUACCCCAUUUACAAGCACGUCAUGCGGUCGUGGCUCUACGGAGUCCUCAUGAUCAAUUCCAACGAAACCCUCAGUGACAGAGUCGACCUAGAAGUUCACGCUGUCGCUACCCUCUUGCACGACCUUGACUGGGACGCGACAGAAGCGUCGCCCAUCAUCAGCACUGACCGUCGGUUCGAAGUAGAUGGAGCUUUCGCAGCGCGUGAGUUCAUACAAGAGCAUCAAGAUGGAAAGUUUUGGUAUGAGAGGAAUGUCCAGCUGGUAUGGGAUGCGAUCGCGCUGCAUACAGAAAGGUCUAUAUCAUAUUUCAAAGAACUUGAUGUGCAGGUUGUAUCAAAAGGCAUCACAAUGGACUUUUCGGGGCCAGCUUACGAUGUUUCGGGAGAGGACUAUGCUGUAAUUGCCAAGGCCUUUCCGAAAAGCGAUCUCAAAGACAGUGUCAAUGACACUAUCAUCUGGCUUUGUGACACGAAGCCUCUGACAACAUAUGGCGCAACGGGCAAGACUUUUAUUACCUCAAACCUCGUGAGCCAUAUUCUUGAUGACGAGAUCCGACCAAGCACCGGAGCCGCCGUGUACCAUUUUGGUCGGCAUGAGCUGCAGUUCAACCUCGCUGAUUACAACCUUGCGCUGCGCUCAAUCACUAGACAGUUGGUAUCACAGCUUCCGGAGAAAUCUACGCUACUAGCCCAAAUUCUGGAGACCAUUGAAGAUGGCUUGGGAGAUGCUGAAAGUACCGUGGCUAUACUGCAGAUGCUGGCAUCUGCGUUCUGUAGGAUUGUCAUCAUCCUCGACGGAGUCGACUCCUCAAAUGAGGCUGGCUUGCGUGAACUGAUGAAAAUUCUGCUGAACGAAAAGACACAAUUCCAAUUAAUGUUGACCAGUCGGGUUCCGCCCUCACACGCGCUUUCUGACGCAUUUAGUAUCAACACGAUCACAGCACGCGCUACCAACGAGGAUUUGAGUCGAUACCACGCGAGAGCUAUUGAUGAGGCGCCUGUCACUACAGAGGUGCUGGAUGAUUCCCGUACCAGCCAGUUUUCAUAUCAGAAGCUUAUGGACAUGGCUGACGGCCGGUUUCUCCCUAUUAUACCAACUUGGUUCAGCAAUAUCGCAUCGCAACCGAACACGAAUUUUCUCAGCCUGGUAGAGUCCUGGUCACCAAAGUCCAGUUUGAAUGUCCCCCAAACCUUUUGCAAAGCUCUAGUCAACGAAAUCCGAGCCUCAAAAUAUUCAGAGCUGACUCUCUGCUCGCUUUACUAUCUGGUAUAUGGCGAAGAAAACGGAUACACCUUUACCCCAUCAAUGCUAUGGGAGGCUCUCAUCGCCUGGGGUAUCAGAGAUGAAGACAACACAGUGUUCACUCUCGCACAAAUCUCCAACGCCUGCGUCGACUUUGCCUUUAUCGACUCUAAAACCAAGAUUAUGAAGUUGCGGUCACCAUUGUUGUUAGACUACUUGCGGAAUGAAGUCUUUGACGACAAAUACCAUGCGCGACACAUCAGAGCGACAUUUCUGUACUUGACAAGAGGCGAUCACGAAGGCGCGUGCAGGUCAUCUCAAGAGCUCAAAGAGAGAUUGAAGGCACAUCCGUUUCUCUGCUAUGCCGCCAGAACUCUUGCACCAAGUCUCGCAGCUUUACCGUCGCUGCCUUACGACGGAGAUUUCUUAAAAAUGACAACCUCACAUAGAUCGGUAGACUCUUACCUCCAAGCUGCCGAAGCAUGGCCGUACAUUGAUGAAGAGAGCUAUGAUGAGUUUGAAGCUGAGGAGGAGAGAUGGCGGUGUUAUACACGAGGAUAUACUCCCCUUCACCUCGCUGCUCACUUUGGAGCCAGGGAGACACUGAUCCAGUUGCUUGUUGAUCGCGGUGAUAACAUUGAGGCUCAAGCGGCGAAUGGCCAAACAGCGUUGCAUAUCGCAGCUGAAAUCGGAGAUUCGUCACAUACAGUCAAGCGGCUGUUGGAAUGCGGGGCCAAUGUCGCUGCAGUCGAUGAAGAUGGACUCACACCUUUGGCUCAUGCCAUUGUAUAUGGAUGCUUGGAAUCAGUCAGACUGCUCAUCAGUCACGGGGCAGAUAUCAAUGCCCUAGAAGAGGAGGAUUUAUUAGAAUGCUCGCGCGAGAAACCCGAUAUUGCGGAGUUUCUAGUGGGGUUUGGGGUUGAGAUGCCAGUGGAAGAGUCAGAGCCAGAAGAAUAA